AUGAAUAUAAAAGACACUAUCGUUGUUCAUAAACAUCAUCCAGAACAUGAGCAUUCCGUUCAUCAGUACGUUGUAAAAGAAAAAGGUGAUUUACACGAGUUAAACAAUGAAUUUCGUAAACAAUUGGUAUUUAUUGAUGGCUUAGAAAAGUCAAAUUAUAAUAAAAGGCAACAAUUAAUGAAAUAUGAAAAAACGUUUGUAUAUAAUCCAAAAAAGAAAUCAGCAUAUGACGAUUUAUUAAAACAAUAUCAUGAUCGAAUUAAUCAGAAAGAUGGUUUAAUAGUAUCAAUUAAUCGUUGUAAUUCAGAUCGAGAACAAUUGCUAAGACAAAUUCAAGUUAGAUCAACGCAAACAAAUAUACCUGGUCAAAAUCUUCUUGAAAUAUUAAAACAAGAAUUGGAAGGUACCAUUAUUGAAAUGAAUAUAUUAGAACAAACAAUAAAACAUGAAGAUAUGGAUAUAGUAAAUACAAGAAAACAUAUAGAAUCAUUAAAAUUAAAAUUAACACAAUUAAAAAAUGAAUAUGAUAAUUAUCUUUUAAUUAUUGCUGAUAUUGAAAAUAAUGUAAAUGUAUUAAAUGAAAAAUUAUCAUUUACAACACAUUUACAUUUAAUCGAAUCUAAUGAAAUAAAAAAAUUAUCGUUAAAACCAAAUUUAAUUGAUAUAAAUGCAUUUUUUAACGAUAGAAAACAACGAAUAAUUCAAAUAUUUGAAUCAUUUUUUAUUCCAUUGUCAAGUAUCGAACGUAGUAUGGAUAUGGAAUAUGUAAGAGAAUUUUAUAAUAAGAAAAAACAUGAUUUGAUUUUAACAAAAAAAAAUGUUAUUGAAACAACAAAUAUAAAUGAUAUUGAUGAUAGAUAUGUUAAAGAUAGAAAAGUAAAAUUGUUACAAUUACAAGAUGAUAGAAGUAAAUUAACAUUAAAAUUAAAUGAACUGGAAGGAAAAUAUGACGAUACAAAACAUGCUAUUGAUAUCAAUAAACGAGCAAUCCAUUCAUUUCAAACAAAAAUUGCAAAUGUUGUCAAACAUAAUGUAUCGUUACGUUUUGAAAUUGAAGCAUACAGAGCUUUAUUACAAUAUUUGGCUACAUUAAACUGUCAGUCAGUCGAUCAACCUAGAGAAGUUAUUAGAUCCAAAGUCGGACAAGAAUUCGUGCGUAUAAUUCGUCCGAAUGUUACGGAUACCAAUAUUAAAUAUUAUAUUAAUCAGGGAGAUGCCGAUACAAACUCAUACUUAAAUUUUGAAGAAUUUGAGUCAAUGAUAACACGUGGAACUGGUAUUCUCAUUGCGACUGGACAACUUUAA